GCAGUUCUCUCGCACAUCAUCUCACAAUUGCGUCCUGGCGCGGACCUGAGUCGCGUGGUCUUGCCCACCUUUAUUCUCGAGCCCCGAAGUAUGCUGGAGAGGAUAACAAACUUCAUGUGCCACCCCGAGAUGCUCCUGCAUAUUCCCACCAUCGACGAUCCCACCGAGCGAUUUGUAUCCGUCGUUAAAUUCUACUUGAGUGGCUGGCACAUUCGCCCACCGGGAGUCAAGAAACCGCUGAAUCCGAUCCUGGGCGAAAUCUUCUCCUGCUACUGGGAUCUCGAGGGCAACAAGCGUGCCUACUACAUCUCUGAACAGACUUCACAUCACCCUCCCAAGUCAAGCUACUUUUACAUGGCCCCCGAUCACCAUAUCCGAAUUGAUGGUACCCUCAAGCCCCGGAGUAGAUUCCUGGGCAAUUCCGCUGCCAGCUUGAUGGAGGGCAUUGCUUUCCUUACCUUGUUAAACAGGGGUAGCAAUAAGUCCAAGGGAGAGCAAUACAUAUUAACACAGCCCAACAUGUAUGCAAGAGGAAUCUUAUUCGGCAAAAUGAAGUAUGAGCUUGGCGACCACAGCUUUGUCCGGUGUCCCGAACUUGACUUGACCGCCGACAUUGAUUUCAAGACAAAGGGCUGGGUUGGAGGCACUUACAACGCUAUUGGCGGCGUAAUCAAGAGGGAGAGUACUGGCGAAGUCCUGUUUGAGCUUUCGGGCCUAUGGAGUGAAGAAAUGUUUAUCAAGGAUCUGAGGACUGGCCACCAAGACAUGUUCUUUAACGCUACCAAGUCAAAGCCCAGCCCACCAUUGGCUCGGCCAAUUAAGGAGCAGGAAGAGCGAGAAUCUCAAAGACUAUGGGAAAAGACCGCCAAGGCCGUUAAGGAACGCAACCACGAGCUAGCCACGGACGAAAAGACAAAGAUCGAAGACCGACAGCGCGAGGAGGCUGCCGCCAGGGCCCAUGACAAUGUCGAAUGGCUCCCGCGCCUCUUCCGUGCUGUUAGGAGCGGGCCUGGAGAGCCAGAGGAAGGCGAAGAGAGCUUGGAGUGGAUCAUCAAUGCUCAUAUCGAUACCGCAGCAUCUCCCGAGAAGCAGACAGAACAGAUCCUCGCCAUAUACCCAAUUGUAGCUGGCCAGACAUCUGGCGGCGCGACAUCCAUUCCGCCACAGGCUACCUCGCCAAAGGUGACCAAAAAGUCGACAAACCAUGUGGUUGAAAACCCCAAGGAAGUCGAAAAGCCUAAGGAAGAGGAUAGCCUAAUUGACUUUGGUAAUGAAGAUGCUCCCACACCGGCUGCAAAGUCCCCGGACGAAAUCGAGCGCAUGCUCACGGCGACUGGCAAACCCGCAGAAGGCCCCCUGAUCGACUUUACUCAGGAGAUGAAAAAGGACUUGCCGGCAGAUGGCGACCUCCUGUAG